GUUUUUGUUGAUGCUAAUUUGCGUGCGGCUGCGCACUGCCGGGUGCAUUUGCCGUUAUCGUUAGCCGCGAUUUAGCUUAAGAAAAAAAGAGUGUUUACGUCCUUUAGUGAAUUUGUCGGAAUUUAUUUUUUACAACCCAACUUUUGUAUAAUUUAUCUGGGAAUAUAGCAAGCUAACUUCACUGCCUUCAGCUGACCAACCUUAUCCGAAUGUGAUCGCCCUUCCUUGUCGGACACUGCCAUCGAGGGCCAAGGAACAAACUACCAAAUCGCCAUUAUAUGAUCCAGUGUCCAGCGUUACUUUUACCCUCCAUGUGGGUGAGGGAGCUGUGUGUGUCAGAUUAUGGCGAGAAAAACAGUUAGCAGGAAAAGGAAGGCAGGAGAGCCAAAGGACCAACAACAGCUGGGCUGGAGUCAGGCACCACACAAGCGGAGCCGUGUUUCUUGUUCAUCUCGGCACGCCCAGCAGUGGUUGUGCAGUCAGAGCUCUGUCGUGUGUGCCCUCCGCGGGCGUGAGUUCAGACCUCAGCAGCAGCAUGAGUUGCGGUUCCAACGGAGCCUGCGUGGCUUUGCAGCAGGCAGGCUACCUGGGAUCCUCAAAGAGAAGGAAUUUUCACUGGGAAGACUCAACAAGGUGUUUGCGUCGCAGUGGCUCAGCCACCGGCAGGUGGUAUGUGGGACUAAGUGUAACACGCUUUUUGUAGUUGAUGUCCUGACAGGACACAUAACUCGCAUCCCAAUGCUGACGGACAGAGUGUGUAGCAAUGGAGGCUCUGGGGUUGUUGGUGCAACUCUGGCUUUAGGGCAUUAUCACCCGACAGGAAGCUCUCGUACUCGUCACGACCAGCAGGGAUGUGGAAUCCAUGCAAUUGAACUCAAUCCCUCAAAAACGAUGCUUGCCACAGGAGGAGAUAACCCCAACAGCCUGGCCAUCUACCAGCUGCCCACCCUCGAUCCUGUUUGUGUUGGAGAUGACGGUCAUAAUGACUGGAUUUUCUCUAUAGCAUGGAUCAGUGACAACAUGGCCGUUUCUGGGUCCAGAGAUGGUUCUAUGGGCCUGUGGGAGAUUACAGAGGAAGUGUUGAGUCAGGCUGAGAGGAGUCAGAGUGAAGAGACGGUGCCAUCCUACGCUCAUAUCUCCCACCGGGCCCUCAAGGACAUCCCCAAGGAGUACACCAACCCGUACAACUGUAAAGUCCGUGCUCUGGCCUUCAAUAACAGCCAUAAAGAACUGGGUGCUGUGUCCCUGGAUGGUUAUUUUCACCUCUGGAAAGCAGAACACAGCUUGUACAAGUUGCUGUCCACCAAGCUGCCUUACUGCAAAGAGAACGUUUGUCUGGCGUAUGGACAGGAGUGGUCAGUGUACGCCGUGGGCUCCCAGGCCCACGUUUCCUUUCUGGAUCCACGGCAACCACCAAACACCAUCAAGUCUGUUAAUUCCAGAGAAAGAGGAAGUGGGAUCCGCUCGGUGAGCUUCUAUGAGCACAUAGUGACAGUGGGAACGGGUCAUGGUUCUCUUCUCUUCUAUGAUAUCCGGGCUCAAAGAUUCCUGGAAGAUCCUUUUAAUCCAGCUGGUGUGUAUCGGAAAUGCCCUGGAGAUAGCUUCCUUAAGCUUGCUACAGGGAAAGGCUGGCUGAAUCACGAUGAGACGUGGAGGAGUUACUUUUCAGACAUUCAUUCCUUCCCCAACGCGGUGUACACCCACUGCUAUGACGAGUCUGGUACCAAGCUGUUCGUAGCCGGCGGCCCGCUCUGCUCCGGCCUGCACGGCAACUACGCCGGACUGUGGAGCUAGCCUCUUCCUUCAUCAGUUUUCACACCUUCAUUCAGUUACUCACUGAUUCACCAGUCCCUCCAUCCUUCUCCCAUAUCAGCUUCACUCACAACUGGUUUUUGACAUCAACCUAAUCAACUUUUCCUCUCGUGGACUCAGGAGCAUGAUUUCUCCCAACUUGCAGUUUUGUUUGGGAUAUUUCUGAUCUUUUUUUACGCUCUUCCUUUUCAUCAAAUUAUACCCUUUACAUCUUUUCUCUCCAACUUCUUGAUUAAUUUAAACAUAUAUAAAUAUGUAAAUGUAUAAUGAUCAUUUAAAAAGCUGCAAAGUCUGCCACUGAGAAACUUUGGAUCAAUUAGGAUUAAGAAUAAAUGUCUACAUGUUCACAUAAUUUAUUUGUUUUCCAUUCAUCCAAUCUGCAGGGAUUAGGCUGCAUUCUUUGAGUUGCUUGUUUCUUGUACACAAACAUUGUGUUAACUGCUGCUCCCUUUGUGAUAAAUGAGUGUUUUUAGGGUGAGUGGCUGUGAAAUUCACUAAAAUUUUAAAAAUUUCUCACAAAAACCUGGAAAAGUGGUGGAGAGUGGAAGGAAGACUGUUGAGGAAUGUUUGACCUUGGAUUGAGGAUAUUUACCAGCUGGACAAGGAAGAGGUUUCAGAGUUAUCCUGUUUUCAGCCUACCCUCAGAGUGGUGCAAAGAAAACAUUGGGAUUGAUAAAUGCAGCGCUGAUGCUCUCCCUUGACUUCAUGAUGAUGGUAUUUUUACUGUAAUCUGACCCCUGCUGAAGUUCUGUUAAGCUUUAUUUGUAUUUAUUUUCCCUGCCCUGUAAGCUUUAAUUGGCCAGGAGUGUUCAUCUGCUUUGUGUGUUUGCUAGUAUUCUGUUGUUACUAGUGAGUUUAUUCUUUGAUUUUAAGGUUGCAGGUUAUGUAUCCCCUACAAUGAUGUGAUCACUGAACUGAAGUGAGAGCCAUCCAACAAAACAGUCUAGUAGCUCACUCUGAUCUAAGAGAUGUAAUUUCAUGAAAAUGAUGGAGAUAAAUGCUGAAGAUACAAACACUUCCUGUUUCAUCUAGACACGCUUGUGCCCUUGUUUUGAUUCUUUUUUUAAAUAAGGAGUGAGUGAUUGUGCUUUUUUUGUUCGACAGCAGCAGGGUUGGCUUAAGCUAGCUUUGCCUUCUUUGUCUUUCCGUGAAAGACUACCACAGUUGAUCAUUGUUUUCCUUUUCUACAUGGAACUUUUCUCCAGUUUUAAUGAUUAUUUGACAAAAAUAUCAAUUCUGACCACAUAUAAAAAAAAACGCUUUAGUGGAUUUUCUAAAUAAAUGUGUAUGUCUGUAAUAUGCAUAAGGACAAUUUCAUACAUUUUUAUGUAUGCGUAUGAGAAAGUGUUUGGAUUGAUCGGUCUACUUGGUGAUACUUUUCUUUUUAUACACACCCCUGAAUGUUUAUACCAAUGACUGCAACAGAACAUUGUAAGAUACCACCUGGGGAAAUGUAUAAUUCUUUGAAAAAGGAGUAAAUAACACAAAAAUAAAAUGUAUAUUGAUGUAA